AUGGAAACCUCUUCUGCGGGUUGCUGGACUUGCAAGCUUCGACACCGCAAAUGCGAUGCUGCCACACCAGCAUGCGCGGAAUGCGAUGAUCGAGGAAUCCCGUGCUAUGGAUACGGGAUGAAGCCUUCGUGGAUGGAUGGUGGGGCCAUGGAAGUGAAAGAGCUCACGCGCAUUAAGAAGGCUGUCAAACAACACUGCCAGGACGUUCGCAAGGCCCGGAACAACGCCCAGCAGUUGCGCAAGGCAGCCGUCCAACGAUCACGGCAAUAUUCGUCCCGUCGGCGGGACGAUACGCAAACCAACAAAUCUUCAAGCGUCUUCAGGCCCCAGAUGGCAUCCACCCUGAUGUACUACCUCGAUCACGUUUUUGCCUGGCUCUACCCUUACUUUGACUUCCACUCCUCGCUGGGCGACAGAGGCUGGCUCCUCUCGACGUUGGGCAAUGGAGGGCCUUUGUACCAAGCUGCCAUUGCGCUAUCGGCCUUACACCAAAGCGCUGUGCCGGACCGGCGGACAGAACAGAUUCUCCGAAAUCAGAGAGCAGUCCAUCAUCACUCCCAAGCUUUAAGAGAGCUGCGCGAAUUAUCCCGAAAUACAGGGAGUCGGUUCAGCGACAAUGCCCAAAGAGUUGAGUUUAUCGCUUCAGGCUUGACGCUCAUCAGCUACGAGAUUCUCCGUGCUGAUAGUAAGGCUUACAUCUUCUCACAGGUCUUCAAUGGAGCUGAGUACGACUGGCUGCCACACCUGAAUGCUGUCACAGGUGUGGUCCGUGAGCUUGAGCCGGGACUGGAACAUGGCGCCGAGUCACCAGAUUUUCAAUCCGUCCACGACUUCUUGAUAGGCGAGACACUGUGGUACGAUAUCCUUGCUUGCGUCUCAACAGACCGCGCACCUCGUCUUUCGUACCGACGCUGGCUUGAAGGUGCUACUUUUGAUAUGGCGAACCUAAUGGGCUGCCAUACAUGGGCUGUAACAUGUAUUGGCGACUUGGCACACCUCCAGGAAGAUACGAGAAGCACUUAUUUGGAUGAAACAAUAAACUCGUCUGCAGUGGCCGUCAGGGCUCAGAGAAUUGAACAACGCUUACGGGAGGGUGCGGCGACUCUGACUUUGCACACGGAGGCUCCUAUGUCGGCCUGGAUCACUCGCGUCUUUUCCCUUGCCGCAAUAGCUCUGUCCAGAACCAUCGGCAUCAGGCCGUCGGGUUCGAAUUCUGAGGUCUUUGGCAUCAUCAGCGAAAGCAUCAACAUUCUUGGUGCUUGGCCUCGGUCCAUUUCCCUUCAGGGGCUUGUUUGGCCCUUGUGCAUCAUCGGGUGCAUGGCCGAGGGCGAUCAACAAACGUUUCUGGAGGAUCUGCUAAAUAAUUACGUCAAGGACACUGGAGAGGCGGGCAAUGGAGUCACGAUUCUGCGAAUCAUUAGAGACUGUUGGAAAGCAGAGAGGUAUCCCGGCUGGGACUGGAGGGACACCGCUUUUCGGAGCCGGCCCAGGGUUUUGCUCAUCUGA